CAUUGGUAUAACGUGGGCUUCCCCACAUACCGGAAAAGAUCGAGAAUAGGGGUGUGCGUGAAGAGAAAGUUGACUGUAGUUACCUAAUAUUGUACAGUUCAGGAUUAACCUGAUCCCCGAGAACAACCCUACAUACGAGAAGUUGUUGUGAAGUUACUGUUUUCCAAUUUGAUCCACCUCACAUCGUGGUCAUUUUGCUAUCUUCUCCCGGGCUAACGUUAGUUUCCAAGCACGAUGUUUGAAAUAAAGAAGAUAUGCUGUAUUGGGGCUGGAUAUGUUGGGGGGCCCACUUGCAGCGUGAUUGCUCAAAUGUGCCCCAAAAUCCGCGUCACGGUGGUGGACGUCAAUGAGUCUCGAAUCAAAGCCUGGAACUCGGAUGUACUACCUAUUUACGAGCCAGGCCUCAGUGAUGUGGUUUUCUCCUGUAGAGGUAAAAAUCUCUUCUUCUCUACCGACAUUGAUGCUGCCAUCAAAGACGCAGACCUGGUGUUCAUCUCUGUGAACACACCCACUAAGACAUAUGGCAUGGGGAAAGGACGUGCUGCUGACCUGAAGUUUAUUGAGGCUUGUGCUAGGCGCAUCGUUGAGAUGUCCGAUGGUUACAAGAUUGUCACAGAAAAAAGCACUGUGCCUGUCCGCGCAGCUGAGAGCAUCCGGAGGAUAUUUGAUGCCAACACCAAACCCAGUCUCAACCUACAGGUGCUGUCUAACCCAGAGUUUCUUGCGGAGGGGACAGCCGUACGGGACCUAAAAGAGCCAGACCGUGUGCUGAUUGGUGGAGAUGAAACACCAGAGGGUCAAAGGGCCAUCCGGGCAUUGUGUGCCGUUUAUGAGAACUGGGUCCCCAAAGCUCGUAUCAUCACCACAAAUACCUGGUCAUCUGAACUCUCCAAACUGGCUGCGAAUGCAUUCCUUGCACAGCGUAUCAGCAGCAUAAAUUCCAUCUCAGCACUGUGUGAGGCAACUGGAGCGGAUGUUGAGGAGGUGGCCAAAGCCAUCGGCAUGGACCAGCGCAUUGGCAGCAAGUUCCUGAAAGCCAGUGUGGGAUUUGGAGGGAGUUGUUUCCAGAAAGAUGUGCUAAACUUGGUAUAUCUUUGUGAAGCUUUGAACCUACCUGAGGUUGCAUCAUAUUGGCAACAGGUAAUUGACAUGAAUGAAUACCAGAGGAGAAGGUUUGCCAGCAGGAUCAUUGACUGUCUGUUCAACACAGUGACAGGCAAAAAGAUCGCCCUGCUUGGCUUCUCCUUCAAAAAGGACACAGGAGAUACCAGGGAGUCCUCCAGUAUCCACAUCUCUAAAUAUCUUAUGGAUGAGGGAGCAAAACUGCACAUCUAUGACCCCAAAGUACUCAAGGAGCAGAUUAUACUGGACCUGUCAGGUGACAAGCCAGAGAGAGUAUCUGAGCUGGUUACAGUGACGACGGACCCCUAUGAUGCGUGUGCAGGAGCCCAUGCUCUGGUCAUCUGUACAGAGUGGGACAUGUUUAAGGAUCUGGACUAUGAGAAGAUCUAUGUGCGAAUGCUGAAGCCGGCAUUUCUAUUUGAUGGACGCAGAGUCUUAGAUCACCUGCACCCACGACUCCAGAACCUUGGUUUCCAGAUUGAGACAAUUGGUAAAAAAGUAACACCAGCCCGGAUUCCAUUCACUCCUCCUGUUGGAAUGGGACGCAUCACCCUCAAUGAACCCCCAGCGAAGAAGGCCAAAGUCUGACAUGCUCUACCUGCAUGCUGAUUGAACGCUCUUGGAUAUUCACACAACUGUGUAUUACAGCUGUUGACUCAAAUAUUCUGUAUAGCUGUACAUGAACACACCAGCUAAAAACUCUUUGAAUACCUCUUAAUCAUCAUCAUCUCUCAGCUUCCCAAAUUAGCAUGUGACCACAGAUUUCUGGAUGUCACUGAAACACUGAUUUUUUAUCACCAGCCUAAUCAGUUGGUGUUAGUUAAUUAACACAUUACUAUUCAUAAGGAAUAGAAACCAUGUGUUCCGUGUCUGACAUUGUAGUUUCUUUUAUUAUGCCACUUUGGACAGAAGCCAGUCUGUUUUAGUCUACAUGUCACUUUUUGGAUGUUAUGAAUCUACAACUGAUCAUAUAGAACACCCGGAUGUCUACCUUGUUUGAGAACAUCUACGUGUUGUGACAGUGGAUGUGUGUUUGUUCUUUUCUAAUGAAAUAUUUUAUAUGGUAUGAAUUUUGUGAAAAUGCACAAAUGAUUGUAAUACUGGACCAAUCAGAUGAAACAUUAAACAUGUUGCAGCUUUA